CUAGUCCAUCUGUUUACCGCCAUGGAGAACAUCGCCAGCCAUCGUGGAGAACCAUGUCGCUGAUUUCUGCAUUUCGACCUCGAUCUGCACGGUCCAGCUCUCUCCGCCAUCGACCUCCGGCGAGACAGCGACGAGCUGCCCCCCAACCAGAUCAUGGACGAGAAGGCGAUGAGGAUGCGCAUUCAAUCAUUACUCCUUCCAAACAUACUCCUAAGGCGUUUCGUGUCUUGCGCGGGUCGAUCUCGGCCGGUGGUCCUCUGCGUCCUUUUCGGCUGGUGAAGCAGGAUAUCGUCAAUCUGCGCCGACGAUAUGUUUCGGAUUGGACACUGUUCAAUCAGUUGGUCUUCGCCAGUGCCGUCUAUGUCUUCUUCACGAAUCUUCUGCCGGGUAUAACCUUUGCGAGCGACUUGUACGUUUUGACGGGUAAAAGCUGGGGAACGAUCGAGGUGGUUUUCAGCACGGGGCUUUGUGGCAUCGUCUUCUCCUUCUUGUCUAUCCAGCCCUUGAACAUCCUUGGAGUCACUGGUCCUUUCUCGGUGCUGGCAGAGAAUAUCUACGCCUUAUGCGAAGAGGAUUUCAAGGUGCCUUUCCUACCUUUCAUGGCCUGGUCUCUCAUCCAUGCUGCGUGGUUGCACUAUGUGUUGGCGAUCAUCAACGCCCAUGACUGGACGAUGCGAUAUGUGACGACAUUCGCGACCGAGAUCUUCUCGCUCUUGAAUAGCAUAAUCUACUUCCACAAGGCCAUCCAAGAGCUGGAGAGAGCCCACGACAACCUCUCUUUUGCCGCCUUCUUAUAUGCCGUCAUCGGCGCCGUAGGGACUAUGCUUCUUGCCAUUUUCCUCUCUACCGCGGAGAGCUGGCGACCGCUAUUCCACCGAUACAUCCGGAUGGGUCUGGCCGAAUACGCCGCGGCGAUUUCCAUCAUCGUCUUCAUCGGGCUACCGUAUGUCGGCGAAUUAGCUCACCUGGACAAAAUGACGCUCCCCGUCAGCCACUCCUUCAAGCCCACCUCGCCAGAUCGCGACAAAUUCAUCGUCGAAUUCUGGACCCUUCCCGUCGGCUGGGUCUUCGCCGCCAUCAUCCCGGGCAUGAUCAUUACGAUCCUUUUCUUCUUCGACCACGAAGUGAGCUCCAUCAUCUGCACCAUCGAUCGCUACGGGACCAAGAAGCCCGGCGGCUUCGCGUGGGAUAUCAUUCUCCUCGGCACCACGACCGCGCUGUGUGGCAUCCUGGGAAUCCCGCCAGCGAAUGGCCUCCUGCCGCAAGCUCCCCUGCACUCGGAGUCAUUGAUGCACUCAGAGUUCGAACAGCGGACGGUCAUCGUAGACGGCGACGAGAAAGUCGAGACGCACGAGGUCAAGCGCGUCUAUGAGCAGCGGUGGUCGUCGUUUCUGCAUGCCGGGGCCAUUCUGGUCUUCGUUAGCCCGCCAUUCAUGAAAGUCCUCGGCUUGACUCCGACGAGCGUUCUUGCAGGUCUGUUCCUGUUCAUGGGAGAGCAGAGUCUUUCAGUCAAUCCAAUCCUCUACCGCACCUUCUACCUCCUCACCCCGCCAUCCGAGCUCCCUCCUCUCCCUGCAUCUCUCGCCCAGCGCGAAAAGCCCCAGGAUUCAAACGACCCCAGCACGAGUACCAGCACCAGCGCCACCGCUGCCCCUCGCAACAACCCCUCCUAUCUCCCCAUCCACCUCUACACCCUCCUCCAGAUCAUCACCACGGUGAUCAUCUUCAUCGUGACCCUGACGCGCGGCGCCCCGGCCUUUCCCGUCCUCGUCGUCGCGCUGGUCCCGUUCCGCCUGCUCGUCAUGAACCGGUGGUGGCCGCGCGAGGUCCUCCGGUUCGUGGACGCGUGGGCCUGUCGCGAGGGAACGCCCGAGGAUGACGAGGACGCGGAGGAGAAGGCUCGAGGGGAUGAAGAGGGUCGGGGUCGCCCCGACGGUGAAGGAGGGGGGAUCUUUUCGACUCGGUUGGAUGAUGCCGUGGAGUUGUCGGAUUUGCGGCCGGUGAUGGAUCCGGGGGUUUCUUCGACUGAAGGAGUCGGGAAUGGAAAGGUAGAGAGCAGAUAUGCAGGGCAAGAUUGGGUGGAGGUGGACUUUCGGACGAGGGUGGAUGAGGAGUUGGGGAGGUCGUUGGAUGGGUGUUAGAUGGAUAGUCUCAAUGUCCUCUAUAUACCUAGUAUAUGUAUGCUCCGUGGGUGUUCAUAUUCCAGACACCACGGACUAUAGAGAAGAACCCAGAAUUCAUUCGCUCCG